UCCCUCUUCUCAGACAGCCCUCAAGACCCGCUGCCCAACCCUCAGCACUCUAGCAUAAAGACAAACCGUUUACCUCAGUCGAAUCGGUUUAGACACAGCACAUAUCCUACCUCAAACCAUGCCUCCUCCUUUGAUACAAUACCUGCAACCUACGCUGCCCCAGCACUGCGAACCAACCUCGCCUUUUCUCGCUGCCAUAUCCUCCUACCUCCACGUCUGCGUGCCUACUUCGUUAGCCUUGAUAUCCUCCCUCCUGGGAACACUUAGCAUCAUCUCCUGGCUAUUCGCACAGCUCCCGCAAAUUUACAAGAACAUCCAACUCCAAUCAACAUCAGGACUGUCACUCUUCUUCUUGGUCGAGUGGUGUCUAGGCGACGCCUGCAAUCUCCUGGGCGCCUUGCUCACCCGACAAGCCGGCUGGCAGGUGAUUGUGGCCGGGUACUACGUCUUUGUCGACGUCACCCUCGUCUUCCAAUACUUCUGGUACACAAUCUAUAAACGGGGACAGGACGGCUAUGGUGCCCUCACCCACUCGCACUAUGAUAAUGGAACGGGAGGUAUUCUGGAGGGCGUUCCCUUCUCAGAGGACGACUCGAUCUCUCAUCUCCAACGUCCCCUGGCGGGCAUUCCCGUGUCGACCCCAAAAGACAUGAAGGACCUCAAAGAGCCCACUGUGAGCAUUUCCAAUGGCCAGUCACCAUCCUACAGCAAUGAGAAGUACAGCUCCUCCCGCCGCUCCAUCAUCCGCACCAGCAGCAGCGGGCCUAGUCUGCCCAUCGGCUCCCCUCGCACCCUCCUGCUCGCUUCCAUGCUGUGUGCCGUCCUCGCCAACGCUGCUCCUACCGAAGUCCAAGCAACAGCGACAGCAUCUGGCCUCUCCCCGCAUGCUCUCGAAGUGCUUGGCCGCAUCAUCUCCUGGAUGUCCACGGUCCUCUAUCUGGGCUCGCGGCCGCCCCAGCUCUACAAGAACUACUGCCGGAAGAGCACCUCUGGCCUCUCGCCGCUCCUCUUCAUGGCUGCCUUCUCUGGCAACUUCUUCUACUCGGCCUCCCUGCUUACCAAUCCCAACGCCUGGUACGACUUCCCUGCCUUCGGCGGUGGCGGAUGGGCAGAUGCGGACGGCAACAACCGAGCGGAGUGGGUGAGCCGGGCCAUCCCCUUCUUUUUGGGCGCGUUCGGCGUUCUGGCCUUCGAUGGCACCAUGGGCGUGCAGUUCCUGGUCUACGGCUCCCGUGACGACGAAUCCAUCAUGGAGGUCGAGGACCCCAAGGAGGGUCGUAGCCACUGGACUCGUGUCCGCGGCUGGAUGAGGGGCUGGAUCCCCUCGGUGUCAUCCUCUGCCGCCGCCACGCCUCGCAAUCCCGAGAAUCAGGCCCUGCUCCGUCAACAUGACCGUGAGAGGUACGGGGCUGUUUGAAUCUCACGUCACUCAAACCAAACCUGCAGGGUUGUGCGUACUACGCAGCCAUCCACGGUCUCCCGGCAAAGCCUCGGUCUCGGGACCUGUUUUUCUGCCUAUCAG